AAACCCCUCCAUCGCUCUUCCAAGUCCACAGUACUCUCUCUCUGUUUCUUAACGUUUCAUCUGGUUAAUACACUGAAAUUAAGUUUUGCUUUCCAAAGCUAUGGCAAGAGCUGCCCUUCUCUUGCUAGUGAUUGUUAUCUUAACCAUUGCAGGCACGGCCCAGCCCAGCUCCAGGUCUCCGGUCAAGUCCGAUGCCGCAAGCUUCAUUAAGGAAUCGUGCGGUGCCACCCAAUACCCCGCCGUAUGCGUCCGAUACCUCUCCGUCUACGCCAAAGCGAUCAAACAAAGCCCAGGCCAACUGGCCCAGGUCGCAUUGUCCGUGAGCCUAGCCAAAGCCCAGACCAUUAAGACCAACGUGUCAAGGAUGAAGUACCUGAGAGGUCUCAAGGCCAGAGAGCUUGCGGCAAUUAAGGACUGCGCGGAAGAGAUGGAUGACAUGGUGGACCGGCUUACGAAAUCGGCUCAGGAGCUGAAGCUAAUGGGCCGGGCCCGGGGUCAGGACUUUGUGUGGCACGCUAGCAAUGCACAGACUUGGACCAGCGCUGCUCUAACUGAUGCGAACACUUGCCUUGAUGGGUUCUCGGGUCGGGCCUUCGAUGGUAGAGUAAAAGCUUCUAUUACGGUUCAAGUCACUAAUGUUAUACAGGUCACAAGCAAUGCACUGGCACUGGUUAACAAGUAUGGUUCGAUUCCUUGAACUACUGGUUUGGUCACAUAAGAUAAAGAGUACUUCCCGUAAUGAGUAUAAGAUUGUGCUAAAGUUAUAUUUAUUAGUUAAAAUAAUUUAAUCAUUUUUGUGAACAACUAAAUGAAUUACGAAAAUACUAAAGAUGUCAGUGUUUUUUUUGUUCAAAUUGUCCCAAAUGUCAAAAUGAAUGCAGAUGAAAUUGUGAGUCUCA